AUGGCCUCUAACAACGAAAGUGCAUUACUCUGCAAACUCAACGCAAACCUCAAGAUUGCCGUUCAGCAAGGGACGUAUACCAGGGUCAAGGUCCUGGUCGUAUACUGGGAGGAUGGAGAUGAGGCUUACAAGACGGAAGGCCGCGCUGUGCGCCAGUUGUUUGAAGAAGUAUUUCGGUAUCCUGUAGAGGAGUUUGCAAUUCCAACCCAGGCCCAGGUCGGGUAUUACAAGCUGCUCGGGAAAAUCUCUACAGAACUUGCAAACGCGCAGGGCGGACCCUCCCUCCUCAUCGUUCAUUAUGGGGGCCAUUCAGACCGGAACGAUGAUCGACAUGGCGGAGAAGAGUGUAGAUCUGUCUGGGCGGCAUUUGACGAGGGAGAUCCGACAUUGGAUUGGUACCGUAUUCAAGACGAAAUGCGCGCAUCGAAUGCCGAUAUCCUAUUGCUCCUAGACUGCUGUUACGCUGCACAAGCCGCUCGGGAUCCAUGGAGAGGACAGGGCAGAUUUGAGAUCCUGGCUGCUGCUGCGAUGGCGAUGAAGACCCCAUCGCCAGGACCCAGAUCGUUCACGACGACGCUGAUCCGGGGAAUGCGAGAAGCUGUUGCUCGCACGGGGUUCGUCAAUAUAUCUGAUCUGCACGGUCACUUAUGCGCCCGUCAGCAGAACCUGUGGGCGACACCUGUUCACAUCACGCUCAAGUCCGGACGCGCACCGAUGUGUUUGAAGCCCCUGCCGCCAACUUCGGAGGUUAUGUCAGGAAAUAAUGUCAAGGCAAUAUCUAUUCUUCAAGUGCUCGUGAAAAUUCGAGAGGAUUUUAGCCUUGAACUCUCAGACCAUCUCGCCGACUGGUUAGGGACUGGGAUACCACAAGCAGUCUCAGGAAUAGAGAUUCAGAAAGUACCUCAGGGAUUUCGAUAA